CACAGCUCUGACCACCGACGCCUGCAGCGCAGUCCCCUCUGCACGGCCCCCGCCCGACUGCGUACUCGUAUAUCAACUCCCAUCGGACUCCUGGAAGACCCCUAAUCAGCGACCAUGGCACAAGACCGCUUGGCAGCUUUGAGAGCACAAAGGCAGCAGCAGCCGCCUGCCGCAGGUCCUGGCGGCUAUGAGAUGCAGAGCGUGAACACGCCGCAGUAUGCGAACGGUGGAGGCCAGAACAACGGCGGAGACUCCAUGGGUUCUUUCAUGUCAGAGGUUGCCUCCAUCCAGGAUGGCAUCCAGCAGUUCGACGGCAACAUCAACAGAAUCUCAGACCUCCAUUCGCGCUCGCUGAACACGCUGGACGAGUCCGCGUCGCAACAAAACUCUGCCCAGCUCGAUGAGCUUGCAGAAGAUACCCGACAACUGAGCAAUAGCCUCUCUAAGCGCAUCAAAGCGCUCGGCACGUCCGUCAAAGGUGGUGGUCAGGAGGCACAAAUUCGGAAGAACCAGAUUGAGCACGUUCGCGCCAAGUUCGUCGAGACUCUGCAGCGGUACCAGGAGGUCGAGAGACAGUACCGUGCACGGUAUAAGCAGCGUGUGGAGCGUCAGUUCAAGAUUGUCAAACCCGAAGCUACUCCCGAGGAAGUUGCGGCCGUCGUCAACGACGAUCAAGACGGAGGAGGACAGAUAUUCGCACAAGCUCUUACUACUUCCAACCGCUAUGGAGAGUCUCGUGCUGCUUACCGCGAGGUUCAGGAACGUCAUCAGGAUAUCAAGCGUAUUGAAACAACGCUCGCUGAGCUAGCACAGUUGUUCAACGAUAUGGCCGUCUUGGUGGAUCAGCAGGAGAUCCAAAUUGACCAUAUCCAUGACACGGCCGCGGAAGUAGAUGUCGAGACUGGCGGAGCGCUGAAGCACACCGAAACUGCUGUGAAGAGUGCGAGAGCGGCCCGCAGAAAGAAGUGGAUUUGUUUCUGGAUCACCGUUAUUGUCAUUCUGGCUGCUAUUGGUAUUGGUGUGGGCGUGUACUUCAGCAACCACCCGCCCGGCAAAAGCAGCAGCAGCAGCAGCGGAAACUCUACCAGCAGCUAAGGUAAACUAACUACAGCUAAACCACUUUAGUGGCCGUCGGAGUUGGACGGCCAGUGAAGCUGGUUAUAAUCGCGACACAUGAACGUUGACAUAUACCCCUCCUUUUUGACAUCACCCUCCAUGUUUGCAUUUGAUCAAGCUAUCCACUCUUUCGUGAUCAUAUCUGUCUAUCACUCACCUACUAAUUUUCCCGUGAAUCUCAUUACCUGUUUACCUGUGGACCCUUAUACUGCCUUAUACAAUACUAGCGGCUUAGGUCGAAG